GGUGGUGGUGGAAUCUCUUGCGUCAUGGAAGACGGAGCUGUGUUUGAAAAAGCUGGCGUGAAUAUCAGUGCAAUUCACGGUACUCUUAGUCCUGUUGCGGUACGCGAAAUGCGAGCCAGACACAGUGAAAUAGAUGUGGAUAAGGAUUGCAAGUUCUUCGCCUGUGGUAUCAGCUCCGUAAUACAUCCGCGCAAUCCGUAUGUGCCCACCACGCACUUCAACUUCCGCUACUUUGAGGUGGAUUUGGGCAAAGGACGCAAAUGCUGGUGGUAUGGUGGUGGUUCGGAUCUGACUCCAUACUAUCUGUUCGAGGAUGACGCCAAACACUUCCAUCAACAACUAAAAAUGGCAUGCGACAAACACGACCCGACUUACUAUGCGAAAUUCAAAAAGUGGUGUGAUGAAUAUUUUUUCCUCAAACAUCGAGGGAGCACGCUUAUUUGCUUCAUUACACGCCCGGUUACCGCAUGUGAUUCCCCGAUCAGUGGUUGA